AUGAGACUUAUGAAAUUGUGGAAUGAGCUGCUAUCAGACGAAGAGGAACAAGGACCUUCAGAGCUCAUGGACAAUUCUUCAGACGAUUACUUGCCCAGUCAUUCAUCAUCAGAUGUUGACUCCGACACAAGCUCAUUGCAAUUGAAACCCAGGAAGAAGAAAGCUAAAAGAUUAUCUAUCAAAUCGAAGAAAUCUAAUGAUGGUCUUCAGAUGAACAAGCCAGUACUGACAUUAUCCACCAGUGACUUUGCAACAGCUGUAAAUUCCUCGAGGUCCAAUAUAAUUCAUCCUAGUACAGAUAGUGAAACUGACGAUUCUUGGCAGGAAAUAAAUCCUAGAAAAAAGACUAAAAGAUCAAACAAUGUUGAAAUGCCUACGGUUAUCCUAGGGAGCAAUCAUCGCGUUCCGCAACCUUCUACUUCUAGAGAUGCAAACAUCAUACCAAAAGAACAACGUCAGUCCACUAUUGAUGAAGUAAUCGAUGAAGUUAUAGCUCAGUUUUGUCUUAUAGAUAGUGAAAAUGAAAGCGAUGAAGAUCCUCUGCAUGAUGAACUACACUGGAUUCCUUCGACCAGCUCUCAUUUAAAAAAGUUCAUUUUUGAUUUAGAUCAUGUCGGUGUUACUACACAGAUAUCUGAGGACUUUAUUACCAAGGCACCGUAUGAUUUUUUCAAGAUAUUUCUCAGUGACGAACUGCUGGAUUUGAUUGUACUAGAGACCAACAGAUAUGCUAGACAAUGCGAAAACAAACCUUUGGCAGUAAACUCGCGCUUACACAGGCGGAGAGAUACAAACAGGGUUGAAAUUACGACAUUUUUUGGAAUUGUAAUGUAUAUGGGUCUAGCAAGGUUGCCGAAAAUGACGGAUUACUGGUCCAAGAAUCCCUUAUAUAGCAAUAAGGUGUCGUGUAAAAUGUCCAGAAAUCGAUUUGAAUUACUCCUCAGAGUGCUACAUUUCAACGAUAACGAAAUUAUUGAUAAAAAUGACCGACUGGGAAAACUAAGCCCACUAUUAGAAAACUUGACCAAUAAAUUCAAAGAGGUUUACGUUCCGGAGAAAUCUGUCUGCAUAGAUGAAACACUAGUACCAUUCAGAGGCAGGCUGUCAUUCAGGCAGUAUAUCAAAAAUAAGCGGUUCAAAUUCGGGAUAAAACUGUACAAAUUAUGUUGUAAGGAUGGCUAUACAUACGAUAUCAAAGUAUACUGUGGAAAAGAUAAACAUUCAGAGAAACCUGCUACAGUUUCGACUGUUUUGUCACUAAUGGAACCACUUUUAGACCACGGACGGAUCUUAUACACCGGCAACUACUACACUAGUGUCUCCUUGGCCCAUGAGUUACAAAAGCGUAAGACUCAUCUUGUGGGUACCCUAAGAAAAAAUAGAAAAAACAACCCAAAAAAUGUGGAGGCUCAAAAAUUGAAUAAAGGAGAAAUUUGCGCAAUGGAAAGUAAUACAGGGGUGGUUGUUUUGAAAUGGCACGAUAAACGUGAUAUUCUUUGUCUGAGCACUGUACAUACUGAGACAACCACUAAAUAUACACGGAGAGGAACAGAAAUAGAAAAACCAUCUCUUGUUGUUGACUACAACUCGUGUAAGUCUUUCAUAGAUCUAUCAGAUCAGCUUAAAUCAUAUUGUUCGCCUUUACGUAAAGGCGUAAAGUGGUACAGGAAAUUAGCCUUUGAAAUAUUACUUGGCUCAGCUGUAGUCAACGCCUUCAUAUUGUAUAAAACUGUGACGAAAGCGAAAAUAUCAAUAACAGAAUUCAGACAGAAAAUUGCCCUUGGUAUGUUACAAAUCGAAGAAGUGACUGUCAGGAAGGAGACAGAAAAUGAAAACAGAAAGCAUGUUUUGCAGGAAGUUGCUUCAAAAGGCCGACGAAAAUGUGUAGCAUGUUAUGCGAAAAUAAGUAUUGAAGAAGGCAGGAAAGCCGCUCAGAAGAAGGGACCUAAGUCAAAAAUUUUUUGCGAUAUAUGCAAUAAGUUCUACUGUUUGUCAUGUUUUUUUGAUGAUCAUAAUUAUUCUUUAUAA